CAUUAUGCCUAUACCGAAUAAAAGAAAAUUUUUGUGGCUAAGUACCUUUUAGAUUCGACUUACCACUCCGUACGGUGGACUACUAUAUGUGGGGUUGCGGUUAUCCACCAUACUACUAUUUAUUCAUUGUUUCAACUAGCCGCAUCUCUUUACCCCAUUUCUUUGACUCCCUUAGGUGGCCUAGAAUAUUUAUCUCACUUGAUUUUCUUUAAACAGUAGUCCUGAUACUCUUGAGUCUGUGAUCUCUUGUGAACUGGAUUGUCGUUGGCGGCCGUUAUCCUGUUUGGGUCACUCGUACGGGAUCAGGCUUGCAGGGGGUUUCCUCGGAGGGCGUACAGAGCUCAGCUCGAUUGAUCAAGACCCACCAGUCGUCGGCAUAGAGUCAAGAGGAUGAUGGCAGACAAAUCGAAAGAGGUAACGGAGCUUUUGAAAACUCUUGAGAAUGAUCUCAAUGACAGAUCUCUCACAUCUGCCCAAAAGGCUGAGAGACUCCUUCGUCUAAGAGAAUAUGGCACAAACCCAAGCAAUGCAGGGCCCAUCUAUUCAGAGUGGGGUAUGAAAAUACUGGGUAGAUACGGAGUUGAGGGAGAGACGCCAGAUGUGCGUCGCGCGGCACUGCGCUGCGUCGCGAACGCCCUUCUACUGGAUGACAAAAUGCGUCAGAUUUUCGUGGACACAGGAUAUGGAAGCAAAUUAGCUGAGAUGCUCAAGUGCGAUAACUCGGAAGAUGAGAUGGUCAUCAGCCGUAUACUGUUCAUAUGUACUUAUGACACUACCAUGGACUACGAGCUGCUUAUCAAGAAUCACUCACUGGGUGAUAAUGUCAAUUAUCAAAUAAUUCGGCAUGCAAAGCAAUUUCCCAAGUCUGGCAAAAAGCCGUUGGCCCAGAUAGACGAGCUGGCACUUACUGACACGUUGAAAUUGAUAUUUAACGUCUCAAAGGUCUAUCCAGAUCUUUCCGCAACCUUCUCCCCUUCGAUUCCUUAUAUCUUCAAGAUCAUUAGCCGCAUUGACAUUCCACCUAAACCUCUAGACGGCUUAUUGGGAUACCUCCUCAACUGCCUGUCAACUCUCGAUCUGGAGAAUAAGAAGGGAAAGCACUUCGAGAGCAGUCCCAUCUUCCCGACGUUCAACCAAAACUGCAACGUUGACAAGCUCAUCAACGUUCUUGAUCAAGCAGUAUCUGCAUAUGACGCCAAGGACCUCGCAACGAAGGCCAUCCCACUUCUCCACUCACUUGUGACCAUCUACGAAGUGGCACCUGAUGGGCCCCGUAAAUACAUGCAGUGGCUCCUCUUGCCGGAAGAUAGGGAUAGGAAACAGCCAAUUGGCACGUCAGAUACGCUAUCUUCCAAGCUGCUGCGACUGUCAACCACGCCAUACCAGAAUUUGAAAAUCGCGAUCUCCGAGCUCAUGUUCGUUCUCUCAGGCAAAGACGCAGAGAACCUGACAAAGAACAUCGGAUACGGAUUCGCCGCCGGACUACUAGCCUCUCGUGGUAUUGAGAUACCACAAUCUGCGAGUGAAGCUUUCGCAACCAAUUCGAAUGGCUUUGACCCAGAGAUUAACCCUAUCACCGGCCAACGAUGGGAUGCCGAGAAACAGGACACGGGCACGCCAAUGUCCAGAGAGGAGAAGGAAAGGGAAGCAGAGAGGUUAUUCGUGCUUUUUGAGAGAGCCAGAGCUACUGGGGUUUUGAAUGUCGAAAAUCCAGUCAGACAGGCUGUUGAAAGUGGACGGUUCGAAGAGUUACCUGACUCUGAUGAAAGCGAUUAAUGCAACGCGUUUGAGCUAUCAGUUUCCAUUCAUGUUUUGCCAUAGCAGCCUUUCAAUUCAAUAUAUCAAAAAUCCAAUGUACUGUAUGUUCCUCACUUCAAGCACAGGUCGCGCUUUGUAAUUGCUCCUGCCAAUGAGCGAUGUGAUUUGACUGCAGCAUCAGAACCUCC